AUUCAAAGUCAUUCGCAUUUACAAUUGCCUCUUUCUCUUGUCUGGCCUGGCCUGCUGCCCAUAGAAGUGCCGGACUUGGCUCCAUGGGAUGCUGACGAACAUCAUAUAGACAGAUCGAUCGAAGAAGCACCUACAGCGCCACGCAGUGUAGAGAUAGACGAACUUUCUCGCCGACAUUUGGCAAGCGGGCCGCGACUUCCCGAUCCAUACGAAAGCACGGAAGCCACGUCUUAUCUGCUACCCCUGCUGGCCUCUAUCGGCACCUUCCUACCUAUUCUUUUCUGUAUCUGCAAGCUGUGA